CCGCUCAGAGCCGCCAUUUUGUGCGGAGCCUACUCUGCAAAAGCGGGAGAGGAUUAAAACAGCCGGAGGAGAAGGACGCAAUUUUACUCCGUCUCGUACAGAAGGAAGAACAGACCGUGGGCUUUCUAUCGAAAUCAACGCGAGAGCAAAUCACCAAACGCAGGUAUUACCCAUGGAAGGGGGACCGACUGAGACAGUUGUAGAAGAGGCAGGGGAUGCUUUCAAGGCCAAGGAAUGUAAGACAUACCAAAGGAGGCGGGAGGAUGAAGAGGUUGGAGCUGAACUACUGCAUGCUGCUGGGUUGGAACAAGUCCAGGCCGAAGAGGAGUCUGUAGUGGAGGCCCAGCAACAACUUGUUGAGGGAGUCGUUAAUGUCAACAGCAGUGUGGAGAUGAUGGUGAUGGAGACCCUGGACCCUGCCCUGCUUCAGAUGAAGACCGAAGUCAUGGAGGCUGCUGUCGGAGCACCUGUUGUGACUGGUGCGGCUCAUGAAGCCACGGUCACCACUGUUGAUGACACUCAGAUCAUCACCCUGCAGGUGGUGAACAUGGAGGAACAGCAGUUGGGCUUGGGAGAGCUCCAGCUGGUGCAGGUGCCUGUCUCUGCUGUGCCUGUCACUGCAGCCACUGUAGAAGAGCUGCAGGGGACGCUGGUGGAUGCCACCUCCAUGCCUAAAGAUGGAGAGCCAGUCAUCUGUCACACACUGCCAUUACCUGAGGGCUUUCAGGUGGUCAAGGUGGGUGCUAAUGGAGAGGUGGAGACAGUGGAGCAAGAUGAGCUCCAGGCCCAAGAAGAGCAGCCUCAACAGCAGGAGGAGGAGGAGGAGAUGGCCGAAGCCCAAAAUGAUGACCCCACAUGGGCCAAAGAUCCAGACUACACACCCCCUGUUAAAAAGACCAAGAAGACAAAGAAAAGCAAGCUGCGCUACAACACAGAUGGAGAUAAAGACAUGGAUGUGUCUGUGUAUGACUUUGAGGAGGAGCAACAGGAGGGACUGCUCUCUGAGGUCAAUGCUGAGAAAGUUGUGGGCAACAUGAAGCCACCCAAACCAACCAAAAUUAAGAAGAAGGGUGUUAAGAAGACAUUCCAGUGUGAGCUGUGCAGUUACACUUGCCCACGACGUUCCAACCUGGACCGCCAUAUGAAGAGCCACACAGACGAGAGGCCUCACAAGUGCCAUCUGUGUGGACGAGCCUUCAGAACUGUCACAUUGCUGAGGAACCACCUCAACACCCACACAGGCACAAGACCCCACAAGUGCACUGACUGCGACAUGGCCUUUGUCACCAGUGGAGAACUGGUGCGACACAGACGCUACAAGCAUACCCACGAGAAACCCUUCAAGUGCUCCAUGUGUGACUAUGCCAGUGUGGAGGUGAGUAAGUUGAAGCGCCACAUUCGCUCCCACACCGGAGAGCGUCCGUUCCAGUGCAGCUUGUGCAGCUAUGCCAGCAGAGACACCUAUAAGCUUAAGAGACAUAUGAGGACCCACUCAGGAGAGAAGCCCUAUGAGUGCUACAUCUGUCAUGCACGAUUCACCCAGAGUGGUACCAUGAAAAUGCACAUUUUGCAGAAGCACACAGAGAAUGUGGCGAAGUUUCACUGCCCCCAUUGUGACACAGUUAUUGCCCGCAAGAGUGAUCUCGGUGUGCAUCUCCGUAAGCAGCAUUCCUACAUUGAGCAGGGCAGGAAGUGUCGUUACUGUGAUGCAGUUUUCCAUGAACGCUAUGCUCUCAUCCAGCAUCAGAAGUCCCACAAAAACGAGAAACGAUUCAAGUGUGACCAGUGUGACUAUGCUUGCCGUCAGGAGCGUCAUAUGGUCAUGCACAAGCGCACUCAUACUGGAGAGAAGCCAUAUGCGUGCAGCCAAUGUGAGAAAACCUUUCGGCAGAAACAGCUCCUGGAUAUGCACUUCCGGCGUUACCAUGACCCAAACUUUGUACCCACCUCCUUUGUAUGCACUAAAUGCGGCAAGACCUUCACUCGCAGGAAUACCAUGGCCAGGCAUGCUGAAAACUGCACUGGUGUAGAUUCUGGUGAUGGAGAGAAUGGAGCUCCACCAAAAAGAGGCCGUGGGGGCAGAAAAAGGAAGAUGCGCUCUAGAAAGGAUGAUGAUGAAGAUGACAGUGAUGAUCAUGGCGAGCCUGAUUUGGAUGAUAUUGAUGAAGAGGAUGAGGACGACGAUGAGGAGCAUCUUGAAGAACAGCAUAUUAUGGUAGAACAGGCUCCACCCAGCAUUCCCAUCCCUGCUCUUGUUGAGCCUCCUGUAAAGCGGAAACGUGGCAGACCCCCUAAGAAUGCACCCAAGUCCUCUCCUACCAAGCCUGCUGCCAAAACCAUUGCAGAAACUGCUGCAAUUAUUCAGGUGGAGGAUGAAAGCACAGGGGCUAUUGAGAACAUCAUAGUGAAGAAGGAACCAGAGGGCUCUGAUGCAGCUGCAGCCCAGCCAGUGGUGGUGGCUGAGGUGGAGGCAAUUGAGGCAGAAAUAGAAACAGUGCAGAUAGCUGUCCCUGAAGCUGCACCUAAUGGCGAUCUUACUCCUGAAAUGAUCCUUAGCAUGAUGGACCGGUGAUCUGUGGAUGUGUAUACACAUCUUGCAUAAAUGCAUCCCCUUAUGUGUCCCUAUAUAUAUUACAUACACAUGCUCACUUUUCUCUCUUCACCUCCUUAAAGACCACACCUCUUCAUUUCUUGUGUCCUCAUUUGUUUAGUCCACAAAGUCUUUCAUCAGAUUACAUAAAACUUCAUAUUCAAAUGACUAUUGUCCAUAAAGUUUUUAACUUCCCAGAGUAAAAUGUUGUCAUUUCAAAAUAUUUAGACUCAUGAGGAUCACAUAACCAUGCAUGGGUUUUUUCUUCCUGUCUAUUAUAGCAGUAGCUCAUCUGACAAGUUCUUGCUGUCUGUACAGUGUACGCGGAGAGGACUGCAUGGUAUCUGAUUUAACGUGGUCUACUACAUGCAUCUAGACGUUGUGUUCUUUUGAUCUUUUAAAUCUGACAUUACUAUGGCAAUACUAAGAAACUCAUUUUGUGCCUGGUCAAGCCUUGAUAUCUUGAAUAACUGUCACUGCUGUAGAAAUAGGCGUUUUCUUUUUUUUUCUUUACCCCAUUUGUCCAAAAAAGUCCUUUUCGCUGUUUGACAUUUAUAAUCGUAUUAUUUGCUGUUUGUUCCGCUUGUUCGUUCACUGGUCACAGUUGAUGUUAGAGAGAGUAAAAAUUUAGCCAUCUGAUUGUCACGCCAGGGACUAUGAUAUCCAUCCGUUCACAUGUUUAAAACAAAAACCUGCGGUUGAUAAGUUGUACAAAAAAUCUUGGCUAGUCUUGCUUGUAAAUAAUUUUUAUUUUGUUUUUAUUAUGAACAUUUUAAUCUUUUUCUAGUGAAUUGAAGACCUUGAAUGCUAGGGCAAUGGCUUAUAACUGUAGUUGUUUGGAAACAUGCCACUGAAGGCUUUCAAUUUGUGUGCGAAAUAUAAAAGCUGGAAGAAUCAUGUAAGAUGCAUAGCCCCUUGUCUUUCUGUCCUUCUGUAGCUUGAAUCGUUGCAUUUGAGUCAAACUCGCUUGUUGGGGAGGGAAUGCAUAAUGUUGCAGCUAAUCUUUUUACCUCCCAUUACUUUAAAGGCAACAAAAGAAUGAGCUUAAAUAUUGAUCCUUGCAAGGAAAAAAAAAAUAGGCUUCCAUGGAGCUUUUAUUUUGGCUUUGUAUAAAGGAGGAAAAGGGACAGAACUGGGGACAUACAACAAUGUGCACAUCUCAAAUCACCUGUCUUGUUUUGAUGUGGUCAUGUUCCCUAUAAAGCACCCCUAAUCUUGAACUGUAUGUGACCUGAAAUUUAUUGGAGUUUGAUCAUAUUUAAUGGAAUACUGGAAAGACACUUAAAACAAAAAGGUGUCUUGCAGUUUACAAUAGGUUUUUCAGACCACGUCUGAUAUUAGUAGUUUAACAUGGGUGUUUGAGGAAGCUAUUUUGAAACUAAACAUUUCUAGAAGGGGAAGCUUGGAUGGAACAUUUGUAAAAAGUUUUGUCAAUUGUGCAAAGAGCAAUGUCCUUAUUUCUGAUCAUUUUUUUUUCUGAUUCAGAAUAGUUUUCUCCAAGUAAUUGCAAUUAAAUUGCUUUCUUAUUUUUAUGCUCUUAAAAUUUGAGGGUAAUGCUUUUUUUUUUUUUUUUUUUAAAUCUAGCUGUACUGUGUGAAUUUUACAAUGGUAAGAAAAUCAACCUUUAUAAAGACAUUUAUUAUGACUCAGUGGUGCAUAGAGGGCAUAUGAGGCAAGAUGUAUUGCUGUACAGCUAAUAAAAAAAUAUUGUCCUAUUUCAGUGUU